AUGCAUUCGACUAGAAGAUUGUCCGGUGAUGGCUCAGCAGUAUUUGAGGGAAAGGCACAGCACAGCAACGCAGCAGGUGGCGCUCAGACUUUCCAUGGAGUGCAUGAUUUCAGAAAACCGACUGGAAGUCAGCAAAAACCCACGGUUACUGUACCUGCAACAACUUGUGGCGCAACUCCUUUCGGCGCGAAUUCUGAAACUAAACAGAACCCCUUGGGUACUGUACCUGCAACAUAUUGUGGCGCAACUCCCCUCGGAGCAUCUCCUUUCGGCGCGAAUUCCGAAACUCAACAGAACCCCUCGGGCACUGUACCUGGAAAAUAUUGUGGCGCAACUCCUUUCGGAGCAACUCCUUUCGGCGCGAAUUCCGAAACUCAACAGAACCCCUCGGGCACUGUACCUGGAAAAUAUUGUGGCGCAACUCCUUUCGGAGCAACUCCUUUAGGACCAACUCCUUUCGGAGCAACGCCUUUCGGCGCGAAUUCCGAAACCCAACAGAACCCCUCGGGCACUGUACCUGGAAAAUAUUGUGGCGCAACUCCUUUCGGAGCAAUUCCGUUCGGCGCGAAUUCCGAAACUCAACAGAACCCCUCAGGUACUGUACCGGCAACAUAUUGUGGCGCAACUCCUUUCGGCGCGAAUUCCGAAACUAAACAGAACCCCUCGGGCACUGUACCUGGAAAAUAUUGUGGCGCAACUCCUUUAGGAGCAACUCCGUUCGGCGCGAAUUCCGAAACUCAACAGAACCCCUCGGGUACUGUACCGGCAACAUAUUGUGGCGCAACUCCUUUCGUAGCAACUCCGUUCGGCGCGAAUUCCGAAACUAAACAGAACCCCUUGGGUACUGUACCUGCAACAUAUUGUGGCGCAACUCCCCUCGGAGCAACUCCGUUCGGCGCGAAUUCCGAAACUCAACAGAACCCCUCGGGCACUGUACCUGGAAAAUAUUGUGGCGCAACUCCUUUAGGAGAAACUCCGUUCGGCGCGAAUUCCGAAACUCAACAGAACCCCUCGGGUACUGUACCGGCAACAUAUUGUGGCGCAACUCCCCUCGGAGCAUCUCCUUUCGGCGCGAAUUCCGAAACUCAACAGAACCCCUCGGGUACUGUACCUGGAAAAUAUUGUGGCGCAACUCCUUUCGGAGCAACUCCUUUCGGCGCGAAUUCCGAAACUCAACAGAACCCCUCGGGCACUGUACCUGGAAAAUAUUGUGGCGCAACUCCUUUCGGCGCGAAUUCCGAAACUCAACAGAACCCCUCGGGUACAGUAGCUGGAAAAUAUUGUGGCGCAACUCCUUUCAGCGCGAAUUCCGAAACUCAAAAGUACCCCUUGGGUACAGUAGCUGGAAAAUAUUGUGGCGCAACUCCCCUCGGAGCAUCUCCUUUCGGCGCGAAUUCCGAAAAUCAACAGAACCCCUCGGGUACUGUACCUACAACAUAUUGUGGCGCAACUCCUUCCGGCGCGAAUUCCGAAACUCAGCAGAACCCUUCGGUUACUACACCUGGAACAUAUUUUGCCGCAAAUUCGGCUGGUCUUGUCGUCCCGGAAACGCGUAAUCCGCCCGAUAUUAAUUGUGGCGCACUUCCAACAGGCGGAAGCGGUUUCUUUGGAACCCAUACAGGUGCUGACUUUAUUUGUAACACGGCAGGGUUAAGCACAACUGUUGGCGCAGCGUUCCUAUUGGUGACCAGCACACCCUUGCCUACGCAGUCCACAAUGCCAAGACACAAUCAGAUAUUGGCCAAGGUUAUGGCCUCGCCAUUCCCUGAUAGUCGCAUCUUCAACGCUACGAAGCAUGCUGAGGCAGAUGCUUUGCAUAAUGAGAAUCCAGUAACACCAGCACCAGCAAUACCAUCCAUAGCCCCAACACCACCUCCCCAAAUCAUUCCGAGCAAUAAUCCCAAAGAGCCAAACAUCAAUAGUGUCAAGAUAUCGAACAUAAUCAAAGUUAGGCCAUCGGCCUACACUCCCUAUGAAAAAGACCUGUUUGAUGGGUUUCAUGAUUGCGAUAUCCACUUUGAUGAUUACAACAUUCAACCUCGCCCCAAUCUUAAGCAGUUAAAAAUUAAUAAUAGUUCCAAGAAAACUCAACUUGCUGGUGUUGGUUCACACAAUCCCCUACCUUCCCUUAACCCUCAAUCCAUUCCAUAUCCAUUAUCACUUCCUCCAAUGCCACUAAACAAUACACCAUCUAUCCCAUUACCAUUCGGUAAUACCGAAUCACGUUCAACGGGCAUCACAUUGACGCGCUGUGGAUACUACACGGUACCAUCGUUGGAUGAUCUAAAAUUGUUUGUGGCUGAAGAUGGGUCUUGUGUUGUGCCUAAUUUCACCAUUGGGCGUCCAGGCUAUGGGAGCGUAUAUUUUGAAACCGAAAUGGAUGUGGCUGGCCUAAAUCUGGAUAGAAUUGUGCACUUCAGGAACAUGGAGAUCACCAUCUAUGAUGAUGAUGAUGAGAAGCCACCAAUUGGCAGCGGUUUGAAUCGUGAAGCCCUAGUUUCUCUGGAACAGUGCUGGCCACGCGAUAGAUCCAAGCGUGAGCCUAUAACGGAUUACCAAACAUUGAAAGAUAUGGGUUGGAUAGCGAAGUUGCACCGGGCGUGUGAAAGAGACGGCACCGAAUUUGUUGGGUACUGUGCUGAGACUGGUAUAUGGUCUUUUAGAGUGCAGCACUUCUCCAAGUAUGGCCUAGACCUGAUCUAACCAAUCAAUGAACAAUUCGUGUCACCACAAAACACCAAUUAUAGUUAUCGAAGAAGGCACUUGGUC